AUGACAAAUAUAGAAUCUACGAAGCGAAGAAAAAUACCAAGAGUAUUGGUUGCCUGUAUCAGAUGCCAAAAAAAAAAGAGAAGAUGUGAUGGUAAUCAGCCAUGCCAAACUUGUACGAAUUUUAGCUCUGAGUGUAUAUAUGAUAGACCAAAUUACUCAGUUCCUUCUAUGUUGAGUAAAGAUUCUCAAAACUUGAGCACAAACACCCAAUCAGUUUCAAUCAAUGAAGAAAGUUCACAACAAAAAAAGGCUCUUCAACAAUUAGUAAACACAAAUCAAGAAUUGAGAGGAGAAAUAGAUCUGUUACUUCGUAUUAUUGAAGAAAAAAACGAAGUGAUAGACAAGCUAGAGAAUGAUGUCAAUAUAGAGAAUGAAAACCGCAACAAAAGUGAUACAGCUUUAUCAGAGGCUACAUUUACAAAAACUUUUACUAAGCUAUUGUAUCUUACUUCCCAUGAAUCAGAAGAGUACAUUGGAGCAUUUGCGGUGAUAUCGAUUGUCAACGCUAUUAAAAGAAUUAUCCUAGGCGAUGACAAGCAUGAGGAAUUUUCUCCAGUAAUAUUAGAAAAUGUUCUGGAUAAAGAAGAAUUUGUUCCAGCGCAUAUUGAAGAAGGGUUUAUUAACAAAUUUUUUAGUCUAUCGCAUAACAGAGGAUAUAUUAUAGAUGGGAUUUGGUUUGCUAAAGUGAAGCAGAAACAGACGAAUGAGAGAAAUUCGUGGGAGAGAUUUUGCUUCAAUAUGGUGCUUGGUAUUGGUUGCAGGCUUACGGAGUUACUGAAUGUGACAACGUUUCCUUCUCCAGAAAUUUAUUUUAGAAGAGCAUUAAACGACCUCUCAAAUUCUGAACUCGAUUCAGUGAUGCAAAUACAAGCGUGCAUGAUAAUAGCAAUAUUUGUAAAUCGCAGUUAUCAUAUCUCAUUUUACAUCUCUUCAUGGGAAUUGACUGGUUUAGCCAUGAGGAAGCUCGUCCAGUACGGUUUUCAUAGAAAACAGCCAGUUACACAACAAAACGCAUGGAAUUAUGAAUUUCGAAAGAGGUUAUUUUGGUCCUGCUACAAUUACGAGAAGCUUAUGUCACUUUCAUUGGGAAGGCCAUGCUCUGUCGCUGAUAGUUUUAUUGACAUACCAUUUCCGCUAAGUAUUGAAUUUCCUACAAAUCCAACGCCUAAUGAUCAUUAUAAAUUAUACCAGCUUCAAUUAAAACAAGAAAGUAAUCCUGAGUUCGAGGAAGAAAUCUCAUGUUUUACCUCUUUCAUAAAUACUUCGAAAGUUAGACGAAUCGAGAGCAGAAUACAUUUGUUAUUCUACUCAGUAAGCAAUUGUUUUCCUGUCGCAGAUACUUUUGAAAACAUUGUUAACGACAUUGAUAGCUGGUAUAAAGCUUUGCCUUCUAGAAAAGAGUUUGAUGACAUAAUGAAAGGCAGAGAAAGCUACGAUUAUUUUGAGCUAUUAUGUCAUAGGGCCAGAUUGAUAUUAUUCUUACCCAAUAUAAUGAGGAAUACUCACAGAGAAAGAGAUGUAAUAUUGAACGAAGCUUGUUUAUCUGCCGGGAAAAUCUGUUCUAGCUAUAAGUCUUUAUAUAAAGAUUCGAUCUUGGAAUUUAGCAUCGUUGCUCUUCACACAGUAUUCUUAGCUGGAAUAACUAUGGUUUAUUAUCUAAGAAAUAAAGGAGAUCCGCCAUUUAUGAAUAUUCAACACAAUGUUAGAUCGUGUUCUAACCUAUUGUUUGUUUUCUCAGAGAGAUGGUCCGAGGCAAGGACUUAUAGUGAUUUAUUUGAUAACAUUCUUAAGCAUUAUGAAUCUCACAAUCACUCAAGCGAAAAGUUUACAAAAGAGAUACUACCUAUGUUAGCUGCUCCCAACACUUCUCUUUCAUCUCCUCAGUGGAGUGCACAUGCACUACUAUGUGACAAUGAAGCAUCGGUAAAAAAAUUCAAUUUAGAUGAAGACUUCUGGGAUAAGAUUUUGCAUGACUUGGACAGUACUUCCUUUCUUAAAAAGAACUAA